CAAUCAUUCGAACCCGACGACCCCUCGGAUCCUCGCUCCUCUCGAACCCUUCCCCAACGCAUGGACGCCCUCCCCGCACGCUCCCGAACCUUCUAGAUCCUCCCUCCCAGGCCGCCAUGAACCGCCGCGAGCCCGCCGACUCCCCCUUCCGCGACCUCUCCAACCUCCGCGCCCCGAGACCUAGCCCCAAACCCGUACCCGCCUCCCCGCUCUUCUUCGCCGCCUCCAAAACCCCGCUCCAGGCUCCCACUCCGACGCCACUCCGCCGCCGGAGGCCCGGCGCCGGCGCACCGACCCCAACGCCCCUCGGCCGCCGCCUCCGCGCGCUCGAGGCCGACCAGUUGCGCUCCGCCCGCCGCGCCGAGUCCGGCGGCGAGCGCGCCCUCCGCACCUUCGCCGCAUCCGCUUCGUCAUGGCUCUCCCUCCUCCUCCGCGACCCCUCCGCCUGCGGCUGCUCACCUGCCACUGGUUCCGCCGCCUCCCAGCCCUGCGCUGCGGGUAAGCGCGACGCGCUCGAUGGAGAGCGGGCGAAUGGGGGGCGCAGCCCGAAGAGGCGCCGUGGUGGUGAUCUCCGCGGGGAGAGGAGGAAAGGAAUGACGCCAGUUAUGGCGGCCGCGUUAAGGGAUUCUCUGAGGGAGGCUUGCAGCCUGGAUGAUGUUACGGAGAGGAUGGGGAGGCACAUGAGCAAGGACGCGUGCGAGGAGGUGCUCGUCAUGAUGUACCAAAUUUGCAAGAACAUCGAUGAGGGUAGACUGAAGAUGAAAGCACAUUGCCCUCUUGUUACUGACCUUAGGCUCAAAGAGAAAGCAAUCAGAAUUUUCAUGUGUUACAAUCCAGAGUGGCUCAGGAUUGGCUUGCAUAUUGUCCUUGGGGGUGAUUCCCUGCUGCCGAAUGGAUCAGGGAAAAAGGACAAGGAGGUUCCUUUUCUAAAACUUAUUCUGGAGAAGCAGAUGUUUGGUCAAAUCAUGACUGCAAAAUCCUCUGCUCAUAAUAAGGUGGCACAAGGGCUCCACAGACAGGGUUAUAGUGAACCGUUAGGCAAUAUAAUACUGAAAAGAAUUUUUCUGCUUGUUGCCGCACUGGACAGAGCUAAAAUAGAAAGUGCUCUACCUGGCGAAACCGGAAUUGAUGGCCUUGAUGGUGGAUCCCCUCUUUUAUUUUAUCACCAAGACCAAAUAAAAUCUAGUCGGCAAAUCAUUCAGGAGUCUUUGGGGGAGGCCAUGCAUGGAGAAGGUGACCUCCUGAUUCACCUCGCAACUAUGGGAUAUAAACUGAGUUAUCAACAGCCUGCUCUGUCAGAGUAUGAUUUCACUAUAAGGAGUCUAUUUGAGGAUCUCCAAGAUGGCAUAAUUAUUUGUAGAGUUGUUCAGCUGCUGCUCUCUGAUGCAUCAAUUAUUUUGAAAGUGACUGCUCCUUCAGAUACACAUAAGAAGAAGUUGCAUAAUUGCACCGUAGCUAUACAGUAUAUCAAGCAAGCUGGGGUUCCAUUAUCUGAUUCUGAUGGAGUCACAAUUUCGGCUGAAGACAUUGCUACUGGGGAUAAGGAGCUUAUUCUUUCAUUGCUGUGGAAUGUGUUCAUCCAUAUGCAGCUACCCUUGUUAGCAAACACAACUUCACUAGCUCAGGAAGUGACCAGGCUAAAAGUACUAACGGAACAACUAAUUUCUGAGAGCAAGUCACACAUUGGCUUGCUUUACGAUUGGGUUCAGGUGAUAUGCUCAAAAAAUGGCAUGAAAGUUGAAAUUCCAUCUCAGUUUGACAGGAGAGCACUGAACUGCCUCAUCAACUAUUAUUUGGACAUUGAUAUUAUUCCUCUCAAGGACACACUAAGUGGAUGUCGAAAGGAAUUGUUCACCAGUCAUGAACUUGAUACUAUUACUGAUAUCGCCAGCUGUCCAUCCAGCAAGAUGGGGAAAGUGCUUGCAGACUUUCUUCAGGAUAUUCCAGCUAGCAGUAUCCUAGCUGAUGAUGUAUUAUUUGAUGAAAAGAGUGCAAUACUUUUGCUUGCAUUCCUAUCUUCAUAUCUGACUAAUGACAAAAGAUUGGAUCAACUAAAGAAUUUUAUCAAUAUGAGGUUGGACCACCAAAGCCCGGAGACUAAGAUUUCCGCUAGGUGUAGAUGUCGAGGAGAGGAUGAUGUGAAGUAUCAAUCUCCUCGGACGAAUAACAAAGAUGGUUCAGGUACCAACCAGGAGUGGGCUGCAACUAUUAUACAGACUCAUGCCAGAAGUAUUAUUGCAAAGAAUAAAUAUUGUAAGCGUAAGAAGGCAAUAUUUAUCCUGCAAGGUGCUCUCAGAGCUUGGUCAGCUGUUAUCAUGAAAAGGAAUCGUAGCUGUCUAGCUAUUGCUGCCUCUACUCCCUGGAAAGCACAUGGAAACUACAACAGACAUUUUGUUUUCAUAAUAGAAAGGCGUAGAUUUGUGCAGAUGAGAAAAUCUUCAAUUAUGAUUCAGCAGGCUGUAAGGAUUUGGAUUAGAGGAAGAAAAAGCCACGAUAACAAUGAGCCUUUCAAAAGGCAUGAGUUCUUGGAAACUACAACUCCAUCCGAAACUAAUUGUAUUGCUCCUGCCCCUCUGGAGCAACGCAGUGGUCAGGAUAAAACCAUAGCUUCAGCCACUCCUUCGCAGCACUGCGAGCGUGUGGAUACACUCAGAGCUUCUGCUGCUCCUCAUCUUUGUUUUGAUGCCAUUGACUGUCUAGAUUCAGCCACUCCACUGCAGCUUAGCGAUAAACCGAGCAAUCCUGUAACUUCAGCCAUUCAGCUGUGCAAAAGUGGGCGUGACUGUAUAGAUCGUCCAAGUCCUCUUCUGAGUAUGUUUGAGAGUAGCCGUAUAAGUACCGUUAGCUGUCAGUUGUGUGAGGUUGAGACUUCCAACGUAGUUUCAGCCACUAAGCUUGUGUGCGAGGAUGACGUGGACUGCGGUGGCAAAAUUUUAUCUCGAACUUUCUUCAAGCAUGAACAGCCAGUGUCUACCUGGAUCGAUUUCCCAGUUUUCAAGGAAGUAGUGGCUGUUCAAAGGAUACAAUCUGCAUAUAGAAGAUUCUUGCACAACAGAAACUUAAGGGUAGCUGCUACAAUCAAAAUCCAGAGCCACUGGCGGGGUUUAUCAGUGCGCAAGUGCUUCACAAGGCAAGUUCAGGCUAUCAUAGCAAUCCAGACCUCAACAAGACUAUUCUUGUACCACCGGGCUUUUCAGCGGCGCCGGCUUGCUGCAAUACUGAUUCAACAAGUUGUCAGGGGAUGGUUAGCUAGAAAGAGACUGUUAGGUUCUUCGCUGCAAACCUACAGAAGACUUUGUGUACUUGACCAAAGUCAACACAAAAAAUGUCAUCAAAGCCUUGAGUUGAAAAUUGUGCUACAUUCAGUCUUAAGGCUACAAAGAUGGUGGAGGAAGUUCCUGCUGCAUCAGUCCAUCAGAACAUCAGUGAUCUCAAUUCAAUCUUUUGUCCGUGGUUGGUUGGCUCGGAAACAACUAAAUCGAGUUUUCUGUUGCAUCAACAUCAUUCAAAGAUGGUGGAGAAAACAUUUGUUUCUUGAAUCAAGGAAGAAAUCUGUGAUUGUUAUCCAAGCUCAUUUUCGUGGUUGGAUAGCACGACAAGCUGCAAUUAGAAAUAGGAAACGUAUUACUACAAUUCAGUCCUAUGUUAAAGCCUACCUUGUGAGGAAAGCUUCGAAGCAAGAAGUUACUGAUAUAAGGUCUAGAUUACUGAAGUCUUCUGCACAAGUUGAUGAUAGCAUGCGCCUGAUCAACAGACUGGUGGCUGCACUGUCGCAGCUUCUUCGCUGUCGGAGCAUAAGCAGCAUUCGACAAACUUGCGCAACACUAAGUACUGCUACAGAGUAUUCCGAGAAGUGCUGCGAAACACUAGUCAAUGCUGGUGCUGUAGACAUUUUGCUCAAGCAAAUCCAUUUGCUGAACCGUGGGAUCCCUGACCAGGAAGUCUUGAAGCAAGUGCUCCUUUCUCUCAGGAACAUUGCACACUAUCCGAAUCAUCUUAGGAUGGUGCUAGUCAACAAUCCAGAAUCAGUUGAAAUCAUCUUCCAUGAGUUGCUCAGGAACAAAAAAGACGGGUUCUUCAUCGCAGCUGAUAUUCUGAAGAAGUUUUGUGAAUCCAAGGAAGGCCAUGAAACCGCCCGAACACUGCAGUACCACACAAGGAGGCUGCGCAAUCUGGUGCAGGACCUCGAGAAGAAGGUGGAGCUCGACAAGAGGAAUGGCCGCACCGGAGCCGUGAAGGAGAACAAUCUGCGGCGCCUUGGGGAGGCCGCCACGCUCUAUAAUCUCCUGACUAGUGAUCAUUAACGCGGCGAUACGGCUAACUGAAAGGCUAAUCUGGCGUUUUACAGUACAGUCAUUAGUCUUAGAAGGUCUUUCCUGUUACUAGAAAUGAUUAUGGUGCGAAGGUAGAAAUCUUGUUAAUAGCCACGACGACGAGCUUGUAGUGUGGGCUGAGUUCUGUAGCCGAUGUAGCCUUUGGUGUGUGGUUUGUUUUGUGACUGGUGUGAGAAUCAUAGGCUUGAUGUGUUAAUCAUAGGAUUAACUGCCUUCUGAUUGGAAACACAGAGAAAUACAUGUUCUUGUGGGCU